AGUCGCCAUGAAGCAGGGGACGACAGUCUUGGCGGAGAUACCGGGAGACUACGAGCCAUCGGAGGAGGAAGUAACAGAUUAUGCCAAGUGGCUGGGUAUCGACACCGCCCAGGAGCAGAGCCUCAUGUGGAUAGCCAGGGAAGGUAUCAAGGCGCCUCUCCCCCAAGGAUGGAAAGCCUGCAAGUCGUCGUCGGGUGACAUCUACUACUUCAACUUCGAGACCAGCGAAAGCAUGUGGGAACACCCACUCGACAACAAGUACAGACAGCUGUGCAGGAGGGAGCGCGAGAAGGCGAGGACAGCAAGCUAGAUGAGGCCCGACCCAAGCAAUCUGAUAUAUGUUGUGUUGUGUGCAGAUGGCAGAGGAGAAGGUCCAGUGCAGCGUGACGGAAAUGAGGGAAACAGAGCAGAGGAAGAUCCGUGAGCUUGAGAUAGCGAGUAGCGAGAGAAUCCGCAAGAAGAAGCAAGAGCUGGAGGAGUUGGAGAGGAGAGAGAGAUGGUCAAGGUCGAGCAGGAGGCGCAGGUUCAGCUGCAGAAGAAGAAGAGGAUACAAUCGGGCAAGAGCAGAGAAACCAAAGAAGUGGCCCAGACAGCAGAUGGCUCAGGGGUUAGCGAGGCAUCGAAUGGUAUCGCGGAGCAGGAUCGGGCAGCAGAGCAGCACAGGGUAUACGAGAGUCACCUCAGCACCAUGGAAAGGUCUGUCGAGCUUGCAGAAGAGACUCUUUCUCGAGUCUGGGCUGUGAUGGAUCAGAGAAGGAGCAACAGGCAGACUGUUGCCACCCAGGCUGGGAGCCCGAUGCCAGAGGAGGAGAUCCACAUCAAGGUUC